CUCGUCGGCAUGACGGGGUCGGGGAAGAGCACCUUCAUCUCGCGCUUGACCGGCCAGGCAUCAGAGGCCGGGGUAGGACACAGCCUAGCUUCCGCCACGGUCGACACGGCAUGCUACACGGCCGCCAUCGACGGGCGGCGCGUAGUGCGGCUCGUCGACACGCCGGGGUUCGACGACACGUCGCGGCCCGCCGGGGACAUUCUGCGCAGCAUCGCGGCGCGGCUGGCAACGAUCCAGCGGGCGCGGCAGCGCGUCGCCGGCAUCAUCUUCGUGCACCGCAUCACCGACGUGCGGCUCGGCGGGGCGGCCAUCAAGACGCUGCACGUGCUGCAGCGGCUCUGCGGGCCGGCCGCCUACGGCCGCGUGCUGCUGGCCACGACCAUGUGGGCCGACGCGGCGUUCCGCAGCGGCGGCCGCGCGGCGGCCGAGGCCCGCGAGGACCAGCUGCGCGCGUACUGGGACGGAGGUGAUCUUUUUGCUGGGCGCAGUGCUGGUGUCGUGCGCCACGAGAGCGACGACGCCGAGUCGGCGAGCGCCGUCGUCAACGCACUCCUAAACAGUACAGCUAACGCCCGUGCGGGUGGGCUGCUGUCGCCGCUGCAGAUCCAGCGCGAGCUGGUCGAGAACGGCGUGCCGCUCGACGAGACCGAGGCGGGCCGCUACGUGCGUGGCGAGGAGCUGCAGGCGGCCAAG